CUUUUAUACAUCAGAAAGGUAACCAUAGUACCUUAGAACUUAAUUGCUCACCCGGUGUAUCUUUUACAAACACAUAAUAAAUCAUACAUUUUCCCUAGCUCCGACAUACUCACUCACACACGCCCUCACACAUAUCAAAAUGUCAUUCGAAGGAGUUCCUGACAAGAUGCUGGCAGCACAAGUCGUUGAAUUCAAUAAACCCUACAAGAUCCACUACAUCCCCACUCCACGCGGUCCCCUCCACGAACACGAUAUACUAGUACGUGUGGCUGCAGCAUCUCUCUGUCACACAGAUGGCAUGGUGACGGAAGGCAUAAUGGGGACAUCGCUCCCUUGUAUCGCCUCGCACGAAGGAGCCGGCACCAUCGUUGCCAUAGGCUCUAGUGUGUCUGGCUUCAAGCCAGGAGAUCGCAUUCUGUGUAGCUUGAAUUAUCAUCGUUGUGGCGUCUGUACUGAUUGUACUGGGCCCGAGCACGAGCAGCACUAUUGUGCUAGUAGCGGAGGAUAUCUCGGAAUUCACAGAGAUGGCUCUUUUGCUGAGUAUGAGGUUGUAGACGGGAGGGAGUGCAGUUUGUUGCCGGAUAAUCUGAGUUUUGAAUCGGCAGCUCCGUUGGCUUGUGCUGGAAUCACUAUUUGGGGCGGUCUCGUGAGAGCGGGCUUGAAAGCAGGAGAAUGGAUCGCAAUAGUAGGAGCGGGUGGAGGUCUAGGUCAUUUGGGGGUUCAGUUUGCUAAAGCACUAGGUCUCAACGUCAUUGCGGUUGAUGCCAGAGACGAAGCGUUACAACUUGCUAAAGAUUGUGGCGCUGAUGUGCUGGUAGAUGCACGUCAAGAGAAAAGCAAAGUCGUAGAGGAUGCCCAAAAGGUCACGGGUGGCCUAGGGGCAGACUCGACUCUCAACGUUAGUGAUCAUGAGAGCGCUGCAGCAACAGCGGUCGCGGUUACAAAGAGGCACGGAACGAUGAUUCAGAUUGCUCAGCCCGAGAAAAUUAGCGUCCCCUUUGAAGAUGUGAUUUUUCGGGAUAUCAGAAUCCAUGGGAGUCUUGUUGGAUCCCAAGGCGAAGCACAAAAAAUGCUAGAAUUAGUAUCAAAGCACAACAUUAAAAUUCAAACAAACCCAUUUAAAGGCUUGGGAGAGAUUCCCAAGGCAGUGGAGCUCGCUCACUCAGGCAGAAUGAAAGGAAAACCUGUCAUCUUAGUGGAUGACGAGGCCAUUGAAAGAGAGAAAAAGUCGGGACUACAAAUGAUAUGAGCAGGGGUUUGAGAGAUCUCUCCCUCGCUACCAUCUUUCGCCCUGAGUUAUCGUGGAAAAGAUAUGAUAACGGAUCCGAUACAAAUGUCUAAGGAAUUCAGGAACUUUGAGGGGAUAAUAAAUAAUAUUUUUGUAGCGCUACCUUGAAGUGCACUAGAACAAUUUGAAAAAUAUAGAUAGC